AUGUCUACAUACACAAAUAGCAAUACCAAAUACAAAGAUAUACCCCAGCCGAAGAACGUCACUUUUGAUUUGUUCAGUCCAAACUAUAGUCCAUUCGAAUCUACCUUUAUGAGUGAACACAAACACAUGAUCGACCUGGAUUUGUCUCCUACCGAUUACUCGGGCGCCAGUCCAGUAGAUAUCAGAGUUACAAACUCCGAGACAUCAAUAAAUUCCUUGUUUGAUGCACCAAACACUUUACCCAGCACCACCACUAUAACACCAGUUGUAUCCAAGACAGACUUCAAACCUUUAACUGAGUUUGAAUUCUCGUCUAUCAUAAACACCAAGUUAAACAUUCAACAACAAUUACAAAAGAAUAUACCGCAGACCGAUGAGAAGUUAGUGGUUAUACUCGUUGGAUUACCAGCUUCUGGAAAAUCCACUAUUUGCACCCAGCUCAAGAAUUUCAUCAACAAAUCUACCAUCUACCAAGCCCAAAUAUUUAACGCUGGAGAUGUGAGAAGAAGAAACUCUUGCUUUAACGAUGCAGCAUUCUUUGAUCCUAGCAAUGAACAAGGUAAGAAGGAUAGAGAGUUGUAUGCUACCAUCACAGUCAGCAACUUGAUCAACAGUUUAAACAACAAUGCUAUCCAAGUUGGGUUCUUGGAUGCUACCAAUACCACUGUGGAUAGAAGAAAGAGAAUGAUUGAUACUGUCAUGAAGGAGGCCAAGGGGAAUGUCAAGGUUAUAAUCUUUGAUGUUCAAUGCAAUGAUGCCAAAUACCUUAAUUUCAAUAUUAAUGGAAAGGCAGGAAAUAAUGAUUAUAGAGGAACUGAUUACAGUGCUGCCAUUGCUGAUUUCAAAAAGCGUACUGAACAUUACAUUAAGAUGUAUCAGCCAGUAACGCAAGAGGAGUUGCAAAACUUACCCUUGGCUUUAUAUAUGAAAGUGGUUAAUGCUGGCGAAACAUUUGACUUGGCCAAUGUUGAACCAGAAUUCCAAGCUGAUUCAUACUGGUAUAAAAUUUUGAAUGAGUUUAAAGAGCACUAUUAUGAAAACGAGGGGAGGCGCUACAAACAAGCUGUUGAUAGGUGGUACAAUCAACAUUAA